AGCUGUUGCUGGGAUCUUGCUGUCGGAGCCCCCGGGCUGAUUCUGCUGGGACCUGCAGUCUGGUGUGUAAGAGCAGCGUUUGGAGCCCUUGAGGUGGUGGUGAGCUGCAGUGCUUCUGGCAAUCCUUGUAGCCCAGUUAUCCAUUCUCCUGAAUCCCAACAAGUUCCACGCGGAACUCUGUCAGAAUUUGUUGGAAAACCAGCGACACGGUUCCCAGAUAACAACUGGUUGGUGACGUAAGAGGAUACCAAGGAGAUUGGUCAGGAAGUCGGAGAGGAACCAUUCGGACGACGGCGGCGGAGAUGUUGGCGGGUGACAGUUACAUGUGCCCUGACCUGGAGGUCCAGACGACAAUGGAUCAAUCUGAUUACAGUUCCGAUGGAGGACUGCACGUCACAUUGACUCUCCGGCUGCUCAUGCACGGCAAGGAGGUUGGUAGCAUCAUUGGGAAGAAAGGGGACACGAUAAAGCGAAUGCGUGAGGAGAGCAGCGCACGUAUCAAUGUGUCUGAGGGCUCAUGCCCUGAGCGGAUAAUCACAAUUACUGGUUCAAUGGAGGCAGUCUUCAAAGCAUUCACAAUGAUCACAGGCAAACUUGAAGAGGACCUCAGUACAUCGAGCAUAAGUGACACUACAAGGAGCAAACCCCCUGUUACACUGCGCCUGGUAAUCCCUGCCAGUCAGUGUGGUUCACUGAUAGGAAAAGGAGGGUCAAAAAUCAAGGAGAUCAGAGAGACUACUGGAGCUCAGGUCCAGGUAGCUGGGGACCUGCUGCCAAACUCAACUGAGCGUGCAGUCACCAUCUCUGGAACCCAGGAUGCCAUCAUCCACUGCAUCAGGCAAAUUUGUGCAGUAAUUCUGGAGUCUCCACCGAAAGGUGCCACCAUUCCUUACCGUCCCACCCUUGGACCUGGACCAGUGGUGUUCUCUGGUGGACAGGCCUACACCGUCCAGGGACAGUUUGCAGUCCCUCAUCCAGAUUUGUCCAAGCUUCACCAGUUGGCUGCUCAACAUGCUUCCUUCAACACAGUGAACCAGUCCUCCUCCUCAUUCUCUGGAUUGGAGAACAGUGGUCAGACUACAUCUCAGGAGCUCCUGAUUCCAAAUGAUUUAAUAGGCUGCAUCAUUGGGAGACAGGGCAGUAAAAUAAACGAAAUCCGGCAGAUGUCGGGUGCUCAAAUCAAGAUCGACAAUCAGGUCGAUGGUUCGACUGAGAGACUCGUUACAAUCACAGGGGGUGCCCUGAACAUCAACUUGGCGCAGUACCUCAUAAACGCAUGUUUAGAGAUGGCUAAAACCACCUCCCAGAAUGCUUCCAUCACGACCCCAGUUGACCUCAACAUGACCUUCUCUCAGCCUGCCAACCCUGCCUCUUCCCCACUGGCAUCGAUGAGCUCCGCCCUCCCAUCCUCUCUGCUGAAUGCCCCCUAUGCCAUUCCCAUCUCCAGCCUCCUUGGCAUGAAAAACGUUCCCUUCCUGGCAUUGUCUGCGGCCAGCUCGGGGCCUUCUGGGAGCCUGUCAGCUUAUACAGCCAAAAUCUCCUCAUCCAAUGGGGUUAAGAAGUCUGAGCGACAGAAGUUCUCACCGUAUUGAGAGGAUGGUGCAGCUGCCCAGACCCUGUGUAGAACUAGUGAGGUAACGAGUGAACGGGAAGGAGUCACUGGGAGUAUCAUUCAGAUUUGUGAAUAUUGUUGUUUAGGAGGUCUGUUUUCAUGCAAGUCUGUACCUGCAGAUCGACCCCAACCCCUUAGAGUGGCUGAAUAGUCUUUGCCUGAUUCCCUCAGCAUUUACAAAAGAAAGCCAACAUUCUUCACAGCUGGCGCUAUUUGAUGAAUUUAAAUUUCCCAUCAGAAAAUCACAAUUGAGAUGGUGGCUCAGUGGGUUGAAUAUGUUGCCCUUUGAAUAACUGAGCCACUGGUCCAAGCAGUCCUCGCAUUCAAUUUCAAAGCAGGAUGGCAGUGAACCUCGGUGGCCUGGGUUAUGGAGUGGGAGAGCAGGUGACAAAGUCUGCCUGGGUUCCUACUCCUGAAUGGCAUCCGUGACCUCUGCUGGAACAAGCAUCAGAAAGCUAAUCGACCGUAGGGUGGGCUGAGGGAGGAGUGGGGACAUCAAGGCCUACUUUGCUCAACCUCUCCGCUCUCCUAGCACCAGCGGGGUCAAUUAGCUGUCUGAUAAUUAACUGACCAAGUGUCUCCUGUAGGAGCAAGAGUGGGGUCUGUGCAGUUGUUAGCCCCUGUAGAACUCUUAUCCUAGCUGAGUCACUGCCUUUCAGAACAGAAGGGAGUAAUGUGAAAUAUCGUUGAUUUUUCUUUUGAAAAUAAAUAGUUUUGUGGGGGGGGUGGGGGGUGGUGGGGUUUGUUUUUGCUGAUGCCAGCUCGCUGUGCAUUUUGGGAAUCGGGGAAGCCGUAUUGGAAGUCACUGGGCAUUUGGGGCUUGGUGCAUUCCGUUAAUCUAAUCACUUCCUCUGUGCUGUACUUCACAUUAAUCAGAUGUUUAAGGAUUUUAGUUAUACCUGAUGACUUCAGGCAAUAUUUCAACCUUGUAUAAUUACAAUGGAAAAAAAUGUUUAAUGUUUUUUUUUGGUUUUCUCUCCAAGAAUUAAUGUGUCAAAUGACCACAUUAGGCUGCUGAGGUAUGGUGAGGUACCAGCCAGUAAACACCUCUGGUCCAACCUCAAGAAGUUUUCAAGUGUUCCCCACUCCCCCCCACCCCCCAUCAGUCCCACAUAUUUAAUACCUGACCCUUCAGGCACAGAAUGAAAACGAAGCAUCGUUAACGGACUAUGCAAAGGUUAUACGUAGAUUUGAUUUUUUAAAAAUAAAAAUACAUCUGAUUUGACUUCUGCAGCCACAUCCUGGAGGCUGAUUUUUUUUUUAAAAAACUGCUCACAUAGGAACUGGACCUUUUUUUUUCUGAUUUGUUUAGAAAAAGAAUCCCUUUUUUCCAGGAGUUCAGUUGUGGCUCUAAUGUUCCCAGUACUGGUUGGAGCACAGCAGUAGAGGCCUGAAGAAAAAGUUCUUUGUGCAGGCUACAGGAAUGCAGCGCAUCUCAUGAACUCGCGCGCGCGCGCACACACACACGGGCACGCACACACCAUACACCACACCAUCUCAGAUAACACUGACAGCUUCUACACUAGACAUUCCACUCCCUUACACAAAGCUUUUGCACGUGGGCCAUUCAGUGGGCGCCAGUUUCACCAAGUAGGAGGAGGUGUUGGUGUUAGAACUGGGAAUGCAAGAGUGCUGGUUGCGAGCGAUGCGACGUGCUCAAGGCCUAGCUGCACCGGAUGCGAGUGCAGUGCUGCACUCCGCCCGACUCAGACAGAUGUUGGAGACGGGUGCUGUGAGGUGCACUCUUUGGAUGCUGGCGGGGUGUAAGUGUGGGAGGCCUCUGUAUCUGCCCUGGGAGUGUGCAGUAAGACAGUGUAGAGGGAGAAGUUCCUUGCCCUCGGAGCAGAUCCCAUGAAGCGUUCAUAUUUGCCUCCUCUAGGCUGUUCUCUGAAUUCCAGUGGCGUCCUCGGUGACCUGGGGACGCACGACCUCGCAGGAAGGUUGGACGAGCCUGCAGUCCCGCUCCGUAGAGCUUGAAGCACUGUGGUUGAUGUGAUGACGUUCACCUCACUUGAGAUGGUGUUGAGGGUGCUUGUUUAGAUGAGCCAGUGUGCUGAGUCCUUGCCUGAAGAAAGCUUUGUGUAAUGGUACAGGCAGAGUCUCUGUGUGUGUACACAGGGUUCUGGGCAGGCAGCCGUGUCUAAUAUUACAGACCCAGAUCUUUGUUCCCUUUUCCUGCCUCUGUCUUCAUCCCGCCUCUGUCCUCAUCUUAUUGUGUUGUGGUGUUCAAAUUCGCUCUCCAUUUUCCUUUGCAGUUGUUUCUUUUAUAUUUCCUGUUAUGUUUCGUUAAAUAAAAGUUUUUUAUGCAACACAAAUUCCUUUUAUAAAAUCUUAAUAAAAGUUUUUUGGCACAUUA